UUUUGGUCGAAAGAGAAAUUAGGGUUUGAAGAGAGGAGAGGAUGGCGAAGUUCAACGUGGUUCAGAAAAGAAGAAGAGCUCUAGUUGCCGAGAGGAAGAGAGUUAUUCACGGCGACCCUUCUACCGGUAAGCUUAAGAUCAGGAAGCAACCCGUUUCUCUAUCCGGGAAACGCAAGCGCAAGCUCUUCAAACAAUGGCGUCGGGAACAAAAGGAGGCCUUUGAAAAUGGUCUCAUAAGCAUGGAAGAUGUGCAAAUGGCUGUUGAAGAAGGGGAAAACAAAGACAAAAGUGCUACAUCACCAAAAUUUCACUUGAAAAAGGGAUUGAAACUUAAACAGCUUAAGCACAAAGGGAAGAACAAAAGAAAAUCUGAUGUACCUGCUGCUGAAAUUUCGGCUGAUGCAAUGGUGGAAUAGUUUUUGUUGCCUGCUUGGUAGGUAGGAGAAUAGAAGAUGCAAAAGUGAGAUGGGAUAAUGUUGUAACCUUAAAUUGAGUGAUGAUUGGUAGGCUGUCUAGAUAUUUUCCUUUUUUCUUUUUAUUAUAUGGUAAAAGAAUGGAAGCUUUGUUUUAAUGGUUUGAGUUGUUCAAAUUGUUGUCGUAUUCCUAGAAGAAAUGUCACUUAUUCAAGCAACUAAACUCUUGCAAAUGUAAGAUGGAGUAAUAUAUCCCGUAUUCGUAACA